UUUCUGAGCAUAACCCCCGCAAUUUGGCGCUUCCGAGAAAGCGGCAUAUCCCAUCUUGUCAUGUCUGCGAAUCGAGUCCCUCUCUUUAAAAUUCCAAAUCAAACAAGGCCGGGGGGUGGGUGAAGCUCCAAGCGAGCUUUUCGUCUUCCUAGACUAGGGUAACCCCGGGUGGUUUACCAUUAUCGUCAGGCGCCUACAACCCUCGAACGUCACGGCACAACAAAGUGAGCAUGGCGCCCAAAUCAUCCAUCGAAGAGUUCCAGGAUCUGCUCGCUGGAAUCGUAAGCAAAAGCAAGGAUGGCAAGGGUGGUCGGGGACGAAUGUUAGCGAUCCUCGGCGCAGGUCUCGCAGCACCCUCAGGCCUACCUACGAUGCGAGGCCCCGGUGGGUUGUGGCAGCGAAAGACAGCGGCAGUUUCGGAGCCAACAAACAGAACGGACUUGGAGAUGGUAUGGCUCUACUACGCCUGGCGACACCACCUCACUGCGGGGGCUUCACCCAACGCCGCACACAAGGCCCUUGCAAGCCUGGCGAGACACCGCCAUCCCCAAACCUCGUCAUCUACAACAGCCGCCCCGCCCACAAAAGAUGGGGAAUCGGCGGCCUCAUCUCUGCCCGGCUUCGAGCUCAUGUGCCUGAACCUAAGCCUGGAUGAUCUGCUCGUACGCGCGGGCUACCCACCCGAGUCCUUACGUGCCGCCUUUGGCUCCAACAUGGCGCUUGUCUGCACCGACACAUCCACGUGCUCGGCGGUCCGGCGGACCAGCACCACGGACCGACCCUGCCCAUCGCUCGUCUCAGAAAGCGACGAGCCGCCGCGCUGGCUCACGGACCCGACGCUCGCCGUACCGGAUCUGGAGCCCUCUAGGUUUCCACACUGUGCCGCGUGCGGAAAGCACCUAGUGCGGCCGACCGUCCAGCCCAACCGCCAGGCUCUCGCCGACGUGGAUGACUUCGUGGCCAGGAAGCCCGCCGUCGACGUGGCGCUGGUGGUCGGGACGGCGGCAGUCCUGCCCCCCGCCCCGAGGUACCUGCACGAGACUAUGAGGCACGGAGCGGUGGUCGUGGUGGUCAACCCGGACCCGGCCGUCGCCGAGGGCUUGCGGGAUGAGGAUUUCUUCUUUCAAGGGGAUGCGGCUGAGAUUCUUCCACGUCUGUUCGGCAAGGUUAUUUCUUAAUUCUAGACCUAGCUGAGGUUGCUCAGAGCAAAACAAAAGAGGUUUGAGCUAGUAUAGCUUGGGGAGUGUGUUUACUGUCCCCCUAAAAAAAAAAAGCCAUCGACGUGGACCGUUUUGUUGUGCGUGCACGGCACCAUAACUGUCGAGCUUUCUUCCGUUUUCGUAUUCCUGAAAUUUGCCGGAUCCGCUUGCUCGUCCAGACGUU